UAGCAUGCAUAUAACCCAACUUCUGUCUGCAAGUAGCAAAACUGGGCAAAACCUAGUCAGCUGUUCAUAAUAAAUUAUUUAUUACCUUUUUUUAUUUGAGACAGUUAGUGUAAUAUUUUGUAGUAAUUAAUAAUUAUAACAUAAAAAACAUUAUUGCCUGCAAUUUUACAAAAAUUGUAAUUAUUUUACUAUCAUGACGGAUAGAACAAGUGGCGAUGGAAUGGAAAAUACGGCUUCAAUAAAUACUGAAAAUAGAUUUUUAAAUCACCUAAAUAUGAAGAUCCAACCAACGAUUAAUUAUUGUCAGACUUUUCGACCAGUAGAACCCAAAGGAAAAAUUUUCUAUGCAGUUCCUAAAUAUGUUCCAAGAAAAUGUAAAACACAAAAUAUUUUCUCAAGAAAGCCGAAGGAGCCAAAAUUUGUGCCUUGUGAGCCUUAUAAAGCAUCUGUACAACCCAUUUUACCACUAAGUAAUAAACAAAAAUCUAUUAUAAUGGAAAGACCUUUAAGAAACAAUGCAGCUAUACAAGAUCUAGUGACACAAAUGUCUGUUAUUAGAACAGCCGAAUUAUGUAAAUCAUUUAAUCCAGAAAACAAUGAUCCUAUUUCAAGAGCUGAUUGGGAAAAGGCUAAAUUACAGUAUGAGACAGAUAUCAAAAACUUAAGAGAAAAUAAUAAUCAUCUGGAGAAUCAAUUAAAGUUUCAAGCCCAGGUAAACAGUGAACUAAAAACAUUACUAGUAGCAGCUGUAGGUGAAGAUUUAGAAUCUAGGGUUCAACAUUUAACAGAAGACAAACUUCAGUUAGCUAGAGCUCUGCUAAGUUCUGCAAAUCAUCUUACUUCUCAUCAAGAACAGACUGAAUGGCUAUCAGGUCAAUGUGAGGUUUGGAGAAGUAAAUUUUUAGCAUCUAGCUUAAUGGUGGAAGAAUUAGCCCGUUGGAAGUCGGCCUUAAGCAAUAAAGUUAAUGAAUGUCAAGAAAUUAUAAAAGGUCUUUUAGAAGAACGAGAUAAAUUAAAAAAACAUUUAUGCAACAUUUAUAAACAUCUUAGUGCAGUUCAUAAUUCAGAAAACAUAGUUGACCCAGAAAGUUCUAAUACACACUGUGAUGUAAUUGAAUUAGUUAAGAAAAUAUGUGAUAUGAGUAACAAAUUUUCAGAAAAAUUUGGAUGCCAUGAUCCUAUUGAAAAUAACUGCGCAAGAAUUAGCUUUAAGAGCACCCUGUAUGAAGCUCGUGGUAAAAAGACUCUAGAAAACCCAGUGAUUCCAACUUCAAAACCAGAUUUAAUAUGUAACGCUCUAUUAGGGGCUGCGCUGUCCAUAGGACAGGGACAAAUGUAUUUACAGUAUCCUUCAACGCGCGCCACCUGUUGUUCCCAUUGUAAAGGAACUAUGGAGGAUAUUUGACAAAAACAUAAUUUAAAUAUGCAUUUUUUCAAUUCUAGGAGUUGUUUUUAAUUAUUUUUAGUCAAUAAACUAGAUUCGGGCAUUUUAAGAAAUUAGAAUAUUUAAUGUUUCGAUUUGGUGCCGCAUUUUUAGUAGGUAUUAAUAAAUAUCACUUUUUCAAGUUCUUUUUCAGUACAGAAGUUUUAUAAAAGUACAAAUGAUAUUUGACUAUGCUAAAUAGAUAUUUACCUAUCUUUUUACCUUGGCGAAGGCCUUAUUUUUACACUUAAUUUGCUUACUUAUAAUUAUUAAGUUCAAGAAUAUUUAUUUAAAGGGGAUGUAAUUUUUAUUCAAUGUAUAUAUA